CGAUCCGUAGCGCCCAGAGUCGACGGCGGAAAUAUGGCGGUCGCGUGGGCCAUAGAGAAAGUUUGUGCGAAGGCCGUGCAGUCCUAGUGCAGGCGGUGUCGGGUUAACGUCCCCGCGGCUUCCCACCUCUUGGUUCUGAGUCGCAGGCUCUGAGGCCCCACGCCCUUUCUGCUUUGCGAGGCUCUCAGCGGACGGAGCGAGGCUCGGUGGCGACUCCCGAGGCAGGUCACUAUAAAGAGAACCUCUGAGAAAAUGUUGGAAUAGGAGUUACCAUAUUGGCUUGGUUGAAUGAAAUACAAGAAGUUAAUUUUUGUGUCGCGUGGGAGCCGCCCACUUGCCAGGUUACAUGUGUAAAUCACUGCGCUACUGCUUUAGUCAUUGUCUCUAUCUAGCAAUGACAAGGCUGGAAGAAGUAAACAGCGAAGUGAACAUGCAUUCCUCCGUGCGGUGUCUUGGCCAUUUAGCCAGAAUCAACCUACUGGUGGCUAUAUGUUUAGGUCUUUAUGUAAGAUGGGAAAAAACAGCAAAUUCUUUAAUUCUGGUGAUUUUUAUUCUCGGCCUCUUUGUUCUCGGGAUUGCCAGCAUCCUCUACUAUUACUUCUCAAUGGAAGCAGCAAGCUUAAGUCUCUCCAAUCUCUGGUUUGGAUUUCUGCUCGGCCUUCUAUGUUUUCUUGAUAAUUCAUCCUUUAAAAAUGACGUGAAAGAAGAAUCAACCAAAUACCUGCUCCUGACGUCUAUAGUAUUAAGGAUAUUAUGUGCUUUGGUGGAAAGAAUUUCUGGUUAUAUCCGCCAUCGGCCCACUUUACUAACCACAGUAGAGUUUCUGGAACUUGUUGGGUUUGCCAUCGCCAGCACAACUAUGUUGGUGGAGAAAUCUCUGAGUGUCAUUUUGCUUGUUGUGGCUUUGGCCAUGCUCAUUAUAGACCUGAGAAUGAAGUCCUUUCUAGCUAUCCCAAACUUAAUAAUUUUUUCAGUAUUGUUCUUUUUCUCUUCAUUGGAAACUCCUCAAAACCCGGUUGCUUUUGCAUGUUUUUUUAUUUGCCUGAUAACUGAUCCUUUCCUUGACAUUUAUUUUAGUGGACUUUCAGUCACCGAAAGGUGGAAACCUUUUCUGUACCGUGGAAGAAUUUGCAGGAGACUUUCAGUGGUUUUCACUGGAAUGAUUGAGCUUACAUUCUUCAUUCUUUCAGCAUUUAAGCUUAGAGACACUCAUCUUUGGUAUUUCGUGAUACCAGGGUUUUCCAUUUUUGGAAUUUUCUGGAUGAUUUGCCAUAUUAUUUUUCUUUUAACUCUUUGGGGAUUUCAUACCAAAUUAAACGACUGCCAUAAAGUGUAUAUUAACCACAGGGCAGAUAACAAUAGCCUUGAUAGAAUCAUGGCAUCCAAAGGAAUGCGUCAUUUUUGCUUAAUUUCAGAGCAGUUAGUUUUUUUUAGUCUUCUUGCAACAGCAAUUUUGGGAGCAGUCUCCUGGCAGCCAACAAAUGGAAUCUUCUUGAGCAUGUUUCUUAUUGUUCUGCCAUUGGAGUCCAUGGCACAUGGGCUCUUCCAUGAGCUGGGUAACUGUUUAGGAGGAACCUCUGUUGGAUAUGCUAUUGUCAUCCCUACCAACUUCUGCAGUCCUGAUGGUCAGCCAACACUGCUUCCACCAGAACAUGUACAGGAGUUAAAUCUGAGGUCUACUGGCAUGCUCAAUGCCAUCCAAAGAUUUUUUGCAUAUCAUAUGAUUGAGACCUAUGGAUGUGACUAUUCCACAAGUGGACUAUCAUUUGAUACCCUACAUUCCAAACUGAAAGCUUUCCUUGACCUUCGGACAGUGGAUGGACCUAGACAUGAUACCUACGUUUUGUAUUACAGUGGGCACACCCAUGGCUCAGGAGAGUGGGCUCUAGCAGGUGGAGACAUUCUUCGCCUUGAUACGCUGUUAGAAUGGUGGAGAGAAAAGAAUGGUUCCUUCUGUUCCCGGCUAAUCAUCAUAUUAGACAGCGAGAACUCAACACCAUGGGUGAAAGAAGUGAGAAAGAUUAAUGACCAGUAUAUUGCAGUUCAGGGAGCUGAGCUGGCAAAGACAGUAGAUAUUGAAGAAGCUGACCCCCCCCAGCUAGGUGACUUUACAAGAGACUGGGUAGAGUACAACUGCAGCUCCACUAACAACAUCUGCUGGACUGAGAAAGGACGCACAGUGAGAGCCGCAUACGGUGUGUCAAAGAGGUGGAGUGACUACACUUUGCACUUGCCGACCGGGAGUGAUGUGGCCAAGCACUGGAUGCUACACUUCCCUCGUAUUACAUAUCCGUUAGUGCAUUUGGCAAACUGGUUAUGUGGUCUGAACCUUUUUUGGAUCUGCAAAACUUGUUUUAGGUGCUUGAAAAGAUUAAAAAUGAGUUGGUUUCUUCCUACAGUGUUGGACACAGGACAAGGUUUUAAACUUGUCAAAUCUUAACGUGGACACCAGGGAAGGAUUUUAUUGAGAGUUCGUGUUACCAUUCAUCAGUAACUUGGCAUUUUUUUGUAUGCUGUAUUUUUAUUUGUGAAAAGUAUCUUGCUACUUUCGUAGCUGUUCUCACUUUGUCUUUUCUUAAGUAAUUAUGGGAUAUGUAAGAUAUUGGGAGUAUGCAUGAUUUUAUACAAAAGUAUACAGAGGGUCAUAAAAAUGCCGAAUGUAGAUGUGUAAGAGAUCUUAAAAAUAGCAGUGCACUUUCAAGUAUGUUACCAUUUGUCUCCAGUGAAAAGAAAAACAGUUGUCUGUCCUCCGCAGUGGCCAAUGAAGAAUUCCUCAUGCCUUAUUUUCCAGGCAUGCAUUAGAGAAUGUAGACCAGACCAAUGUGUUUUAAGAAAACUACCAAUUUACUUACUAGAAGAUUCUUUCAUCAGUGUGAUUCAUAGGUUUGUUUGACCCCAAGACUAUUUGCAGAAGUAUAAACUCUUGGCGCAGGAAGAGACCUGCUCAUAAUGGCUGCAAAAUGCCCUUUCUCCACCACACCCAAAUGUCUUGGCUGUGACCUUUACUAGUACAGCAGAGAAGCCCAACUGCCUUUGAGAUGAAAGCAUUGUUAAUGUAAGUAACAAGAAGAGCGGGCAAGAGUUCCUUCAUGGUUACUGAGGGACUUUGAAAAUACUGGUAAUUUUAAGAGUCUUUCUCAGGGUAACUUUAUGGUUUCUUAAUGAAUAGUAUUUCCAGCUACAAAUUCCUUUUAAGUAAAUCAUAAAUCAGCAUUCUUUUCAGAAAAUAAAUGUAGCCAUUUCUCAUUGGCAACUCAUUCUACCCUAAGUAUUUCUGUGGAGUUAGUGUUCUGCCAUGAAGAUUAUUUUUCAGAUCCUAUUAUAAUAACUUUUUUUCUGCUGAAGGUCAAAGGAUGGGAACAGAUCAUUUUUGUUGUUGUUGUAUACAUGUAUUGUAUUAUGUAAAAAAGUAUUCAUGUUGGCAAUUUUAGGUAAGCAUAAUGGUGUGGUUGUAAUUUUCAAACUUUAAUUCA